CAUAUAGGCCUCUGCCAAUCGAUUUCCUUUCCAUCAAUACUUACAAUAAAUUUAUGCAUUAACAUACGUAAGAUUUUUCAGUCUUCGAGAACCUUUUGGUGAACGCUUAACUACUGUUACGUCAUUGAUGAUGCCAUCUUUGAAAAGUCUGCAACUCCUCGAAUUUAAGUUCAUUCCCAUCGUCGUCGUCCUUCAACUUAAACAAAAGCAGUCAGCUCCUUAUUCCAGUCGGAGGAAGCAAAUCAUAGGAUGGGAUCCAUACACGAAAACCUGAAGAUCCUUUUCUUCCCCUACUUCGCUCAGGGCCACAUGCUCCCCAUGAUUGACAUGGCUAAGCUCUUCGCAUCCCGCGGGGCCGACGUCACCAUCCUCACGACCCCAGCAAAUUCCCCCCUCAUCCUUCCCGCCGUAGACCAAUUCAAUUCCUCCUCCACCUUCCCCAUCCCCAUCCGCCUCCACCUCAUCCCCUUCCCCUCAGAUGCCGUCGGUCUCCCGGAGGGCUGCGAGCACCUGUCAUCCCUUACAUCCAACACCACCCAAAUUGCUAAAUUUGCGGAGGCCGUUUCCUUGCUCCGCAACCCGUUCGAUCGCGUCCUCAAAGAACUUCGCUUCGACUGCGUCGUCUCCGACUUCUUCUUGCCAUGGACCUACGACGUCGCCGCCGAUAAUGGCAUACCGAGAAUCAUUUUUGAAGGUUCCAACUUUUUUGCGGCAUGCGCUGUAGAUAGCUUAGAGCGGCACAAACCUCUAGAGAGCCUGCCGCCGGAGGAGGAGUCCUUCGUCCUCCCCGGUCUCCCACAUCGCAUCGAACUCCUGCGGUCACAACUUCAAGACAACACCAAAGUUGUCCCUUUUAUGAUCCCCGUGAUCGAGAUCGUCAAGCAUGCAAGAGAAGUCUAUUCGAAGAGCUUUGGGACGGUGGUGAACAGUUUCUAUGAGCUGGAGCCAGAUUACGCCGAGCACUCCAGGAAAGUUUUGGGGAGGAGGGCAUGGCAUGUAGGUCCCGUCGCGCUCUGCAACCAAGCAGAGGUCGAUAAAUCAGGCAGGGGAGGAGGAGGAAAAACAGGGGAAGAAUGCUUGAGGUGGCUUGAUGAAAGAUCGCCGGGUUCAGUCUUGUACAUGUGUUUUGGAAGUAUAUGCAACUUCACAGCGACGCAGCUGAAGGAGAUGGCUAUGGGGCUGGAGGAUUCCGGCCAUCCAUUUGUUUGGGUUAUUCGAGACGCAGGGGAUGAGUGGAUUCCUGAAGGGUAUGAAGAGAGGAUAGAAGGGAGGGGUAUUUUGAUCAAAGAAUGGGCGCCGCAGCUUCUGAUACUAAACCAUGAGGCGGUGGGGGGCUUCGUGACGCACUGCGGAUGGAACUCAAGCUUAGAAGGGAUAGCAGCGGGGUUGCCGAUGGGAACAUGGCCGCUUUAUGCGGAGCAGUUUUUCAAUGAGCGGCUUUUGGUGGAUGUGCUGGGGAUUGGGGUGGAGGUGGGUUCCAACGUGUUUGCGAUUCUUCCGGAGGAUCGGCCGGUGGUGAAAGCGAGGGACUUGGAAGCGGCGGUGAGGAGGGUGAUGGGAGAUGGGGAGGAGGCGGAGGAGAGGAGGAGGAGGGCGAGGGAGCUUAAAGAGAUGGCGAGGAAGGCGGUGGAGGUGGGAGGAUCUUCAUAUAAUGAUCUUGGGAAGUUGAUAGAGGAAUUGAGGGAGAAGAAGAAGGAGCAAAUUGUCUAAGGGGUUUAUUGUUGUUGUUGUUGCUGUUUUUUGUUUUUAUCUAUAUUGAUGGCAGCUAGCAAUUUUCCACACUCCAACUCCUUAGAGUUGAUAAUUGCAAAUGACCCUCAAUUUUCAUGUUAUUU